AUGGUAACUCCGUCCGAAAACAAGGCGAUGGUGCUUCGCAGAGUGGAUGAUAUGUCCUUUGAAGCGAGGCCGAUCACGUCGGCUCUCCCAGCGGGUGAAUGUCUUAUUCGUGUGAAAGCGUGUGGGAUUUGCGGCUCCGAUGUUCACUAUCUCAAGAACGGCCGAAUUGGCGAUUUCGUUGUGAAGUCGCCUAUGGUGAUUGGACAUGAAGCGGCGGGGGUAGUCGAGGCUGUAGGUGAAGGUGUGAACAACGUUAAGAUUGGUGACAAAGUGGCGAUGGAGCCAGGCGUGCCAUGUGGGAGCUGUAGUCUAUGCAGUAGUGGGAAGUACAAUCUCUGUCCUCAUGUUAAGUUCUUCGCUACGCCACCAGUUGACGGCUGUCUUAGUAAUUUCGUCGUCCAUCCAGCUAGGUUCUGUUUCAAGUUGCCUGAGGGCAUGUCUCUCGAGGAGGGAGCGAUGUGUGAGCCGUUAUCAGUGGCAGUGUAUGCUUGUGAGAGCAAGGCUGAGGUCAAGGACGGGUAUAAGGUGGUGGUCUUUGGUGCUGGCCCUGUUGGUACGAUGACAGCAAUGGUCGCCCACGGUAUGGGUGCGUCCAUGGUUGUGGUAUGUGAUGUCGAUGGUGCCAGACUGCAGAAGGUGAAAGGGUUGUGUCCAGAAGUAGAAGUACUCAACACUAAUCAGUUGGAAACAGCAGAGGAUGCUUCUCAAGAGCUCAUAGACCUCCUCGGGUCCUCUGCCGACUGCGCCAUUGAUUGCAGUGGUGCUCAGAUGGCCGUACAAACGGCCAUAAGGGUGACCAAGUCGGGGGGUGUGGUGUGUUUGGUGGGAAUGGGAAAAGGGGAUAUGGUGUUACCUAUUCUCAAUGCCUCCAUCAGGGAGGUAGAUAUAAAGGGAGUUUUCAGAUACCGCAACACAUACCCAACCUGUAUCGAGUUGAUCAGUAGCAAGAAGGUUGAUGUAAAGCCUUUGAUAACACACAGAUAUGCGUUUACCAAUACUGACAUUCUCCAAGCCUUCGAGGACUGUCGUAAAGGAGUCGGUCGUGAUGGUCACAGUACCAUCAAAUGCAUGAUUGAUAUCGAUUGA